GGAUUUUCGCAAGGUUCUUAUUAAUCGCAUUGCGUUGUAAUCGUUUUUUUUUGCAUCAGAAAAGUUAUUAUAGGUCUGGCUGCCAUUACAUAAAUCAGAAGAUGUCAGAAUCAAAUAAGCCUCCAAAUACUGCAAAGGAUUCUAAUAUGAAAAAUAAAACUGGAAAUGAAAAUUCUAAGUUAAAUGAUGGUAAAAAGGACAAUACGGAAACUGCUCAGAAAAGCAAAAAGCAAUUGAAGGAAGAGAGAAGAGCCCUUCAAGAAAAACAAAGGAAAUUAAAGGCCGAAAAACAAGCUGCUGAGCAGAAUAAAAAAGACAACCAACAAAAAAAACAAGAAGAGCCAACUGAAGUUAAGUCUGAUAAGAGGGCACAGCAGAAAGAAGCCAAAAGAUUAGAGAAACAACGGGUUCCUCAACGUAAAUCAUUUCAGCGCAAAGUCGGUCUAUUUUCGCACUUGAAUCAAUUCGAAAGAGAAAAUACGUUAACUGAAACAAUAUCAUUCGCUUCUCAUACAAUUCAUCCGGCAGUCAUUCGUCUUGGAGUGCAAUAUGCUCAAGGAGUGAUCUGUGGCUCCAACGCUCGAUGCAUAGCUCUUUUAUCUGUUUUGAAAAAACUUAUCAAUGACUAUUCUACACCUCUGCAUAAAGAGUUAAAUAGAGACUUUGAUGCCAUGUUAAAGCCUCAAAUCAGCUUUUUAAAACAAUCACGGCCAAUGGGAGUCUCUAUGGGAAACGCUAUCAGAUAUUUUAAAUAUAAUUUAAAUAACAUAAAAUCAUCAGAACCCGAUGAUAAAGCAAAAGAGACUCUGCGUAAAUGUAUUGAUGACUUUAUUAAAGAAAAGAUAAUCCUUGCCGAUGAAGCUAUUUCUGACACAGCGGCUGACAAGAUAAAAAAUGGUGAUGUCAUUUUAACAUAUGGAGCCUCUUCUCUUAUACUGAAAGUAUUAUGCAAAGCACAUGAAAGAAAGAUACAAUUUAGGGUGAUAGUAGUUGAUGGAAGACCAAGAAUGGAAGGAAAAGAAAUGUUGAGAAAAUUGUUGAAAGAAGGUAUAGAAUGUUCCUAUUCUUUAAUUAACGCGACAGCAUAUGCUAUGAAAGAGGUGACUAAGGUUUUUCUAGGAGCACAUGGUCUAUUGGCAAAUGGUUAUGUAAUGUGUAGAAUUGGUAGCGGACAAGUUGCCUUAGCUGCCAAAGUUUAUAAUGUUCCUGUACUUGUUUGUUGUGAAACUUAUAAAUUUUGCGAUAGAGUACAAACCGAUUCAUUCGUGUUUAAUGAAUUAGAUGAUCCCAGCGAUCUUGUGGAAAAUGGUCUAUUAGUUAAACCUUUGGAAAAUUGGAAAACAAUGGAAAAUUUAUAUUUAUUAAACAUACUCUACGACGUAACACCACCAGAUUUAGUCUCAUUAGUCAUAACCGAAAUUGGAAUGUUACCUUGUACAUCCGUUCCUGUUGUUCUUAGAGUACAUAAUACUGCCCUAACAACUGGAUUUGAAUAA